UUCGUGAUAUUUAUGUAAUUGCCAGUUCAAAAUUAAUUGCAGUAAAAUAUUCUCCAUGAUCAAAUAUUAAAUAGUUAUUGUGAAUAUGACAUAUAAAAUAUGUGCUUUACUUGUUUUUUCAAUCUUCUUUACAGAAGCAAAUUGUUUGGAAUCUAUAAACGAUCAUCCAAACUGGAAAUAUUUUCCAUCUGAAGAUUGUGGAAAAACAAUUUAUCAAACAAUAACGGGUAGAAUAGUUGGAGGUAAAACAUCCAAAAUUGGACAGUUCCCAUGGAUAGUGAGACUAGGAGUGUUCGAGGAAAACCAAAUCGAACCUUUUUUUAUCUGUGCCGGAUCCUUAAUAACAACAAAAUAUGUUAUAACCGCCGGUCAUUGUGGAACAGACAUGGAAGUAGCUCGUUUAGGUGAAUAUGAUUCAACUCAGGAUGUCGAUUGCGACGAGGAGGAAACAUAUUGUACCACCUAUCAAGAUAUUCAGAUUGCUGAAUAUAUAUUCAAUCUAUAUGAUCCAUUCACAUCUCAAGAUGAUAUUUGCUUAAUUCGUUUAGAAAAAGAAGCCGUUAUUGAUGAUUUCGUGAGGCCUAUUUGCUUACCCCAAGGGCAUUUAGUUAACAAAGAUUUAACUGGUAGAAAAGUGCAAGUCGCUGGCUGGGGUUAUGUAGAUAGCGAUACGUACACAACAGCCGAUACCUUAAUGUAUGUUUCGUUACCGAUAAUUGAAAGAACUGAAUGUGAUGCAAUAUAUAAACGUAGUCUGACUAAUUUUCAAUUGUGUAUAGGAACUGAAGGAAAAGAUUCAUGUAACGGGGAUUCUGGAGGUGGUGCAAUUAAACUAAUGAAAAGACAUCAUGAACUUCGUUAUUAUUUAAUUGGCAUUGUUUCUUAUGGGAAAAAAGACUGUGGGAAAGGACCAGCAGUAUAUACGGACGUCUCUAAAUAUUUGAAAGAUAUUUUGGAUGCAAUAACACAAUAAAUGCUAGAUUAUAGUUGGAUAUAGCACUAUUAUUAUUAU